GGUCGAAUAAGUGGACUGACAGGAUUGAUGGACUUCCGUGCAGAAGGCUCUAAUUCCCACGUACAGUUUGAAAUCCUUGGGACUAGCUACAGUGAUGCUUUUGUGAAGGAUGUAAAACGGCUGGCAUCAUGGGACUCCACUCGGGGCUUGAAUGGAAGCCUGAAGGAGAAUCGGAUAGAGAGUGGUAUGCAGGGAGUGACACUCAAGAUUGUAACCUUACUGGAGGAACCAUUUGUUAUGGUGGCUGAAAACAUCCUGGGUCAACCCAAACGAUAUAAAGGUUUUUCUAUCGAUGUCCUGGAUGCCCUCGCCAAGAUCCUGGGUUUCAAGUAUAACAUUUAUCAAGUCGGUGAUGGGAAGUAUGGCUCAGCGCUCCCUAAUGGAUCCUGGAAUGGCGUAAUUGGAGAGCUCAUUGGAAAGCGAGCUGAUUUGGCUGUGUCAGCCAUCACCAUCACUCCAGAGCGGGAGAGUGUAGUGGACUUCAGCAAACGCUAUCUGGACUACUCUGUGGGAAUCCUGACGCGCAAGUCAGAGGACAAGAUCAACAUUUUCUCACUGCUAGCGCCAUUUGACCUCGCCGUAUGGGCAUGCAUUGCUGCAGCUAUCCCUGUGGUGGGCAUUAUGAUCUUUCUGCUCCGGCGUAUCCAGGCAGUCAGAUGUCACAGCAACACAGGCCAUCCACCACCGUCCACCUCUACCUCGCUUCAGAGUGCCAUCUGGAUUGUCUAUGGUGCUUUUGUGCAGCAAGGCAGUGACUCCAUCCUGGGUUCAGUGGCUCUGCGUAUUGUCAUGGGCAGCUGGUGGCUUUUCACCCUCAUCGUGUGUUCGUCCUACACAGCAAACCUGGCUGCCUACCUCACCGUGUCACGCAUGGACAACGCAAUUAGGUCAUUCCAGGAUCUUUCCAAGCAAGUGGACCUUGCCUAUGGGACAGUUCGGGACUCAGCUGUGUAUGAAUAUUUCCGUGCCAAAGGCACCAACCCUUUGGAGCAGGACAGCACAUUUGCUGAGCUCUGGAAGGUCGUCAACAAGAACAAUGGCUUUGAUAACUCAGUUUCAAGUCCAUCAGAGGGCAUCAAAAAGGCGAAGCGAGAGUCAUACGCAUUUCUGUGGGACAUGGCAGUGGUGGAGUAUGCUGCUCUGACAGAUGACGACUGCACACUGACUAUAGCAGGAAACAGUAUUAGCACCAGAGGCUACGGCAUGGCCCUGCAACACGGCAGUCCUUACAGAGACCUCUUUUCUCAGAAGAUUUUGGAACUUCAGGAGAAAGGUGAUCUAGACAUCCUGAAGCAAAAAUGGUGGCCAAAGAAAGGCCGCUGUGAUCUACAGAGCCACACAGACGCACAGCCUGAAGGACGGGCGCUGCGUCUGCACAGCUUUGCUGGUGUGUUUUGCAUCUUAGCCGCCGGGCUUCUACUUGCCCUCCUGGUAGCCGCCCUGGAAACCUGGUGGAACAGCAACCACUGCCGGAGAGAGCAGCCCAAAGAGGACAAAGAGGUGAACCUGGAACAGGUCCACCAGCGUUUGAACAGCCUCCUGGAUGAGGACCUAGCACACAAGCAGCUGCCAGGUCAGUCAAUCGAGAUCUCCGCCCUCGACAUUGGCAAUAUGCAGCCCAGUCAGUCUCUGGAGGCCUUGUCUGUUCGAGACUACCCAUCACACCGUGGGCCCUCGCCCCUGUCUGUGACCACCUUCCUUCAGGAGAGCCGUGGGGCAGGGAGGACACUAGGAGCAGCCGCUGGCAGAACCUUGCCCCUGCCACUCAGCAGUGCCACAAUGCCCUCUAUCCGGUGCAAGCACAGGGCGCCCAAUGGGGGUCUUUUCCGACAGAGCCCAGUCAAGACACCCAUGCCAUUGUCCUACCAACCAGUGCCAGGAGGACCAAUCCCAGAGGCCAGAGAGCCCAGCCACGGGACAUCUAUUUGAGCAUGGCAAACGUUCACAAAUACUCAAGCUCAAACAGAAGAGUCCAGAACUAAUUGGAGUGCCUACAGAGUGAGGAGAUAUAAAUAAACACUACAAAGGAUUUUUAUUGUAAGUGAGACGACACAUGACAGACACUAAGACUUUAUUGUAGAUAUUUGUAAGUACAAAUAAAAAGCAACAUUAAAAAGUGUAUUUUGAAUAUUCUUCACAGUUGAGUUUAAAAAAAAAUCCUAAAAGACUUUAAAAAAUGACUGUUUGAAUGGAUUUGUAAAUUUUGUUCCAAACAAUUAAAGGUGAUAAUUCUUUGUGGUUGUUUUCUAAGUGCCAAGUUUAAAAAUGUUUUCUUUCAGAUCAACAUUAACUGAUUGUACUGUGAGAAUACAUGAAAAAAAGACAUUUCACACCUCAAAAUACAUGGGAAGAGUUGAUUUUGUUUAAUAAAAAAUAAAAGCUAACAAACACCAAA